UCCCAUCAUGCAAAGUCCAAGAUGGCAGCGCUCUUGUCGGUUCCGAGAUUAGAGACGUCGUUGUUGAAAACGUCGUUUAUACCCAACAUUCAGUUUUCCCUUACCUCCAGAAUUCGCCAAACCAGAAGCACCUAUGUAUUACCCAAACGGCCAAUAAAUUCAGGAAAUUACCAGAGGAAUACGUCGUUUCUUCUCAAUAAGGUGAAAUCCCCUCGUACCACCAGGGUGUGUUUAUCAAGUAGACAGUAUGGAUUGCUGCAACAAAAACAGCACUGGGUCAACCCCGCAGUUACCUGCAUCGUGGUGCGCAAAGACAGACUCCACGCCCUCAGCACCGGCGUACCGGCCAAGACGGGCGUCACCAACCAGGUGACUGGCUGGGAGAUCAUCCGGGAGAUGCUGUCCUACAUCUGGCCCAGGGACGAGAGGGGGAUUAAGAUCAGGGUGAUGACGGCUCUCGGCCUUCUGGUUGGUGCCAAGGUUGCCAAUGUCUACGUGCCAUUUCUUUUCAAAUAUGCUGUGGACCAUUUGAAUGACCACCAGGCAGCAGCAGAUGCCAUGGCGUCCGGCGGCCAGGCUGCGACAGUGGCUACAGCCCUCCUUAUUGGCUACGGAGCAGCCAGGGCGGGAGCCUCCCUCUUCAACGAGAUGCGGAAUGCUGUCUUUGCCAAAGUGGCCCAGAACUCUAUCCGACGGGUCGCCCGGAACGUCUUCUACCACCUGCACUCCCUGGACCUGAACUUUCACCUGUCGCGCCAGACUGGUGGCCUGUCCAAAGCCAUCGACAGGGGGAGCAGAGGCAUUAACUUUGUUCUGAUGGCGUUGGUGUUCAACAUUGUCCCCACGAUAUUUGAAGUCGGUCUGGUCACAGGAAUAAUGUACUUCAGCCUAGGAGCCCCGUUUGCAGGUGUCACGCUGGCCUGCAUAGCGGCGUACGCGGCCUUCACGCUCAGCAUCACCGCCUGGAGGACGAAAUUCAGGGUGGAGAUGAACCAUGCCGACAAUGAGGCUGGUAACCAAGCCAUCGACUCACUCAUCAACUACGAGACAGUUAAGUACUUCAACAACGAGAAAUACGAAACGAAGAACUACGACAAGAAUCUAGCCAAGUACGAGGUAGCGUCACUCCGGACCACCACGAGCUUGGCACUCCUCAACUGGGGCCAGAACGCCAUCUUCAGCGCAUCGCUGGCCGCCAUCAUGGUCCUUGCAAGCAAAGGAAUUAUCGCCGGCAACCUCACCGUCGGGGACCUGGUCAUGGUGAACGGUCUUCUCUUUCAACUUUCCCUCCCCCUUAACUUUCUCGGGUCAGUGUACCGGGAGAUCCGGCAGUCCCUCAUCGACAUGGGCACCAUGUUCAGCCUGCUGAAAGUGGAUUCCUCAAUCACGAGUAAAGUAAACGCCCCGGCCCUCGACAUAACGCCUCAAAACUGCUCUAUCACGUUUGAAGAUGUCAGCUUCGCUUACGUGGAAGGGCAGCAAAUCUUCAAGAACUUGUCUUUCACCGUCCCCGCGGGGAAGAAGGUGGCCAUUGUCGGUGGGAGUGGAUCUGGGAAAUCUACCAUCAUCAGAAUGUUGUACAGAUUCUAUGACCCUGACUCGGGGCGUAUUUUAAUCAAUAACAGCGACAUCCGUGACGUGGACCUGGAAAGUCUACGGAGUUCAAUUGGUGUGGUCCCCCAGGACUGCGUUCUCUUCCACAACACCAUCUUCUACAAUCUGCACUACGGGAACUUCGACGCCACGACGGAAGAGGUGUUUGCGGCCGCCAAGAUGGCCGACGUGGACGAGAGCGUGAGGAGAAUGCCCAAGGGCUAUGACACCGAAGUGGGGGAACGGGGCCUGAAACUGUCAGGGGGUGAGAAACAGCGCGUUGCUAUAGCCAGGACAAUUCUCAAGAAUCCUCCAAUCAUCCUGUACGAUGAAGCAACAUCAUCUCUUGACUCCAUCACUGAACAGAACAUCCUGAAUGCCAUGAAGACUGUGACGGCUGGCCGUACCUCUAUCUUCAUUGCCCAUCGCCUGUCCACCGUGGUGGACGCGGACGAGAUCCUGGUCCUCCGGGAGGGACGCGUGGUGGAGCGGGGCAACCACUACAUGCUGCUGAGCAACCCGGACAGCUUCUACAGCGUGCUGUGGAAGAACCAGAACCGGGUGGCCCUGGAGGGGAGCCGGAACGGGGCGGAGUUUCAGAGCAAUGGGGAGGAGGAGGAAGAGGCUUUGCCCUGAUUUGACCGCUUUCUGGUUUUUUUUUGGUUUCUUUUCGUAGUGAGGAUGGGAGACAUUUGUGGCUAAGUUGAAAGCUACAGAUGUGACGUUGAAAGCACAAAUUUCUUGAGGCUCAGUUUUCUUUUUAAGAUUUGUCCUCGAAUGUGUUGAGUCAUUUUUAUGAGCCCCAAUUAUUAAUUCGUAUUUCUCGACUCCCUUUUUUAGUAGAACAGUCUGGUUUUUGACAUGCACCUUUGUAGGGGUAGAAUAACGUGUAUCCCACAUCAGAGCCACUGCCAGUUGUGCCGUUACACUGUGUUAGUAUUGUCCAAGUGAUUUGAGUUUUUUGACAAAUUCACUGCAGUCUAACUUUUUAUCACUGAAAAAAAGUUACAAUCAACAGCCCGAAGAAGGAGAACCUAGGAUGAAAUCUGAAAUCUGUUGUACAAACAUUUUUCACUUUAUCAGUGAAGAUGUCAGACUUAUUUGUACUUGGUGCAUGUCUUUACGAAUUUGAAUUGUAAAUAAGAUGUUAUAUAACGAUAUAAACUUAUUUCAAAAAUCGUAAUGUGAAUAAGAUUAUGCGUUGUAAAUUUCUCAAAGUAAUCUUGGUUUAUAACGGUAGAGUACUUUUUGUAAGGUUCGAGGAGGAUUCGUAGUACUUCUACAAAGUUUAGGUUGUGAUAUUCAACUCUGUGGUUCAUUUUAUUUGUGCGUAAAUUUUUUACUGUGGUACUAAGAGUGCAUGACAUUACCCCUAGCAAUGGCGGCUGGUCACGUUCCUCUGAAACAAAUGUAAUACUGGUUGUCCAUGGGAGAUCCACUUGAUAGUUGGUCGUGUGCAGUCCGUUCCCUGGUACCCGCAUUUCCCACGGCAGUUAGCAGGAUGCGACCUUCACUGGCCUUUCUGAGCAAAAUGCGUCUCUUUUUUGAGUGCCAUUGUCACCAUAAGCCAAUCAUGGGAUAGUUUUGUGCACAUUUAAAGGAAAAUUGGUCAUGUGACCAUGUGCUGUUUAAUUUGCGUGAGGAUGUGCAUACUUGCACUAUACCCUCCGUAGACGACUCCUUGUCCACUUAGAAUAGCAGGCACACACCGGGGAAUUUUUUUCUUAUCUUUCUAAACCUUAAUAUGGAGUAGGGGCGUUUUGGUGAAAGGUAAUCGAAGCAUAAAAGUAAUCUUAUGUAUCUUAUUUUCUGUGAGAUAGUUCCUUUCUCCCAGGGUGAAUGAGCAUAUCACCUUAUUGGAUGUGCAAAGUAACUUGUGUGUCUGACUUGUAGGUUGUAUAACACACUCAGAUGUUUACCAAUGCUGUCUCAGCAGUUCAGAAAUAUGGAGCUGAGGCUGCAAGUCUUUGCCUGUUAACAGAGGGACACAGCCUUGAGGGGCCAGUUACUUGUAGAUUUUCUGGUCAUUCUAGAAAUACCCCCAGAGCUACCAUUGAUAUUUUAAUUUCCCCCAGGAUAAUUUUUUCAAGUUUCUCCAUCUGUCCGUAGUUGGGACAAUGUGGAUGGAGAGUGGAAUUUUUG